CCCCCAACUACUGCACCCCCCACCAUCCCACCCUUCUCCAGCAAAUGUCUCUCUACCUCACAAGCUCUCCCAAAGACUGCUCAAAGAAAGGCUUCCACAUUAACAAGCUCAACAAGAAGCUCCUCUACACCCUCUCCACCCUCAUCCUCUCCAUCCUCUCUGCAACCUUCCUCAUCUGGCUCAUCCUCCACCCCUCCAAGCCAGAAUUCUCCCUCAGGGACACCUCCCUCUACGAGCUCAGCCUCUCCUCUCCCCACCUCCUCAACUCCACCAUCCAAACCACCAUAGUCUCCAAGAAUCCCAAUGACCGGGUGGGCAUCUACUACGACCAGCUCCGAGUUUAUGCGGCCUACAAAGGCCAGCAGAUCACCGCCGACUCCUUACUCCCACCCUUCUACCAAGGCCACCAGGAUAGCAAUCUCUUGUCGGCCUCCUUGCAUGGGACCGGCAUGCCGGUUGCACCCUCCUUCGGCUAUGAAGUGGGCCGUGACCAGACCGCCGGGAGGUUAUACCUCGGCCUCAAGCUCGAUGGGCAGCUCCGGUGGAAGGUCGGGACGUGGGUCUCCGGGAGGUACCGCUUCGAUGUCGACUGCAUGGCCGUCAUAGCAAUUAGGCCCGGGGACACCUCGGGGCUGCUCAGUUCGGUGCAAGGCAAUCAGUGUUCCACCACCGUUUGAUGGUAACGGUUUCUAAAUGGUUUGUUGCUAAGUGAAAUGGGGAUCUUGGAACCUUUUUUUCAAAAAAGAAGAGGGCUUGAUCAUGUUAUUAUCAGCCCAAUAUGAACUAGAAAAAUGCUUCCAAAUUGUGGACACAAAUGUUGCUCGAGCGCAAUUGUUUUGCAUGCACACUUUGAGGCUCAUCCAAAGAUAUCUCUUUUGAGGAUCAUGUGUGAGACAUAGUCACAUAUAAAUUCAUUGUUUCUGCAACUUAGAAGGCCUCUCAGUUAUGAUGAAAAUGCUGAAUGGGAAGAGACUGGGACCAUAUUGUAUCUGACAACACCUGGCAGAGGACCUAUUACUCAUAUAUAGAGGAUUUAAGUAGCUGCUAUUUAAUUUAUUCGUGCUAGUAUGAGAGGAAUCAAAUGCCUUUCUUUUUUUUUUGCACCUUACUUGGAAGACAGAGAAAGUAUGAAGGUUACAGGAGAAGUGCUUGCCAAGAAGGGAGGGUAUCAGUUUGGGAUGCAGUUUUUGUAACCAGGCGGAAUUUGUUAAUAACAACUUCUUACACUGUCCCUUUGCUAAAGGGAAUUGGAUAAAGAUUAAAUCAAAACUGAAAUUCCGAGGUUAUUCACUUCUUUAUCUUCUCUUUGGACAAUUUGCGUUAAAAGGAAAAAAAAAGGAUUCACAAAGCUUCAAAACUUGCAUGGGACAACUUGGUUCCUGUAAUAUGCUGGUCCAUCUAGAGAGAAAGAAGCAAUAGGAUACCUUUGCAAAAGAACUGAACCUCGGAUACAAUAUCUAUUUCUGCUCUACAUCUCUUCAAGGAUUAGUCUUAUUUAGGAAAUUCUAAAAGAAAAGAGGCUCAUGUGAGCAUGGAAUUCCUCAACUUCGCUUCUUCUUUAGUUUUAUUCUUUUGUUUUCCCUUUUUUUUAUGUCUUCCUCUUUUCUCUCCCUCUCCCUUCCUCAUAACUUCUUUUUGUAAUUAAUUGGGUGGGUUAUUGCCUCCCUUCUGC